AUGACCGAGGCAGACAGCGAAGACGACCAGCCCGGUCCCUCAAUGCCCUACCGCCCCCGAACCAAAACACUCUCUAAAAGCAAAUCCGAACGCAGUCUGUCCAAAAAGGCUGCACAGCCGUCGCGUAAGGACCGCAAAGAACGUCGCAACACCGUCGGCAAAUCGCAUAAGCACCGCCCCAAGCGAAACAGUAUACAUUCGGUAAUGAAGACAGAGCCGCCCCAUACCCCGCCAUCCACAGCCUGGACCGAUUCACUGUCCAUGCGACCGAGCAACGAUGCUGGACCUAGCCCCCUGUCGCCACUCGGUGCGGGACGGCUAGAUCCCUUUGGCGUCUACCCUUCCACCGUCUAUCAGAGCACUGGUGCCCUGCCCCUAUAUGUGCACGAAGUCAUUGAUCACUGCAUCAACCACACAUCAUUGGCGUUCGUGCCAUCAGACGAUCCAAACGACUUGAGCGUGAUCAAGCGGCAUAUCAUGAUGAGCGUCAUGAGCGACGCCCUCUCUUGGUAUACCGUUGUCUUGGCCGGCGUGACGCAUCUGUCAUUUGCACGGGGGGAGACGGAGAUUCCGAGGGAAAAGCAGCUGCUUCGCCUCUCUUACAAGACCGAGGCCAUGAGCGGCAUUCGAGAAGACAUCACCAACAACGGCGGUGUGGCGUCAGAUCGAGUUCUCUUGGCCAUAAACACGCUAUCUUCUCACGGAGCACUGGACGAUAUCUCUGGCUUUAAACAGGACAAGAUCCAGAACCGGAAAGCGUUUGGUGCUGCCAACGACAUGAACUACUAUACGAUUAUGAGACCAGGAACUCAGCACUGGCUGUCCUUGGUCAAAUUUGUCGAGGACCGGGGCGGCAUCAAGAGCACUCUCCAGUCGCCCGGCCUUGCUACCGGCAUCGCAUUUUGUGAUGUCCUCUUUUCCUGGCGCGAGCUUGAGCCUCCCAAAUUUCCCUGCAUCAUCGAUACCGAAGAAGCUAUCAAAGCGUCUCGGCACAAGCCCGAUGCUGACGCCAUCUCGUUCGCCCGUCGUCUCCUGAGCGGCUUCGCCUCCCUCAUGGAUACGCGCUGGCUCUACGCUCGGCUCAUGGUCAGGCUGAAGCAUAUUCGCUGCAUCAUUGUCGAUUUUGAACAGUGGCAGCGCAAGGCUUCGAGCUUGCCCGAUAUUCGACGUCUUUACUGGCUGCGGCACUUUCUGCUCCAUGACCUGCUGUCCCUGCCUAUGGUCUCUCAGCGGCUCGGUGGCAGUAAGACCGAGCUGGGCUACGAGCUCUGCCGUCUGUCCUGUCUGGCAUUCAUGCAACUCGUCAUUUACCCCCUCGCGUCAAUGAAUCAGAUGCCGGAGAAGAUCUUGAAGAAGAUCCUUCCCGUCCUCGACCUAUGGACUAAACCAGCAGAAGGUAAAGUCCUUAGCCAGGAGCACCCAGGGGUCUUCCUAUGGGCAUUGGUCCUAGCCAGCAUGCUGGCGUUUGAGCAUUACGAGACCAUGAAUGACUCCGCAUGGAUGGAUUCGGUCGCCCAAUAUUUCGACCGCGUGACCAUCAAAGCUGAGAAGCGAGCCUGGCCCAUGGUCAAAAGCAUUAUGGGCACAUAUCUCUGGCUCGAUUCUGAAUGCGACGCUUCCGGCCAGAGGGCCUGGAAUUACGCCUGUCUCUGGCUCGCAGCGAGGGACGAGUGA